AGCAGCUUUAACAAUGGUUGGAGGAGUUGUAAAGGGGCUGCAUUUCCCAGGAGGGGCCCGUUGCCAAGUAGGGCUUUGCACCCUGCCAGGCUAACUCCAGUCUGGAGCCAUUGUGUCCAGGGCUGCUGCUCUCCCCAGACUACGGCCACGGCCAGUGUGUUAGUUCAUACAGAACACGUCGAAAUCCCUGCCGCUUCUACUGCCGUUGGUCACCAGUCAGGACCAAGCAGAAAUGCACAAUGUACCAGAGGAGUGGAGGGAAGAACGGGGCCCUGGAGGAAAAGAGUAUGAAGUCAAACCGAGGGGAGGUAGAGGUGCCUUGUUCAAGGGCAACACUUGGAUAUCUGGAAACUGCAGACGGGACGGAGGGAAGGUAACAGAGAAGGAGGGUGGAGAACCGAUGGAUGGAGCGAGAGAGGUGACAGAUAAAGAGUCUCUGAUGAUGGAGUUGACCCACCUGGUCCAGAACACAGUGAAGGAGAGCAGCUGGUGGCAGAGAAGAGGCAUCGACAUCUCUGUUCUGGUCCUGGCAUUUCUCCUGCUACCCCCAGCCUUCCUCCUGCUGGGAUCGUCCCGGGCCGUGGCGUUUGUUCUGGGUUUGGUGUUGAUGGGCGUGGCCCAUGCUGUCAUCACCGUCAAGGGGACUCAUCUGGCCAGUCACGGUUCGCUGAGCGACUCCCCGGCUUGGGCCAAAGUCUGGGCUGUGUUCUUCAUAGAGGUGUGUGGGUCAUUCACGGCGAAGGCAGGUGUUUCUGGCCACGUUAAGUUACACCACGCCCACACCAAUGUGAUUGGUCUAGGAGACUCCAGCACAUGGAAAAUUCCCAGCCUCCCCCGGAGUGUUUACCUGUUCAUCGCCCCACUGGCCGUCCCUGUUAUCACGCCUCUGGUGGCACUAGGUCAGCUGAAGGAACACUCGAUGGGUCAGAGCCUGAGGAUGGUUCUGAUGGUGUUCCUAGGGCUCUACAGUCAAUACUGGCUGUUGAUUCAUGUCUCUGGCUUCCAAAGUCCUUACAGAACCUUACUCUGCAUGCUGUUCUGCAGGGCCAUGUUCUCCCUGCCCUUCAUACACGUCAAUAUCUUCCAGCACAUUGGUCUGCCAAUGUUCUCCCCAAACCAGCGUCCCAAAAGGAUCUACCAGAUGACCCACGGAGUUCUGAACCUUCCCCGGAACCCACUGCUGGACUGGACCUUUGGACACUCCCUCAUCAGCUGUCACGUGGAACAUCACCUGUUCCCAUUCCUGUCUGACAACAUGUGUCUCAAGGUGAAGCCCAUCGUCUCUCAGUUCCUGAAGGAGAAGGAGCUCCCAUACCAGGAGGACACGUACCGCUCCCGUCUGCUGCUCUUCUUUCACAAGUACCAGGAGCUGAUGGUAUUUGCCCCGCCCAUCACGGAGCUGGUGGGGGUGCAGUGAUGAAGAGGAGAAAGGAAGGAAGGAGCCGGGAUGAAGAGGAGAAAGGAAGAAGGGAGCAGUGAUGAAGAGGAGAAAGGAAGAAGGGAUCAGUGAUGAAGAGGAGAAAGGAAGGAGGGAGCAGUGAUGAAGAGGCGAAAGGAAGGAAGGAGCAGUGAUGAAGAGGAAAAAGGAAAAAGGGAGAGAGCAGGGACAACAGGACAAUGGGAGGAACUGCUGGUGUUUCUGUCCAUCCCAGAGCUGCCAGAGGUGCAGUUGAUGGAGGGAGAGAGAUAGCAGGGCUGGAGGAUGAGAUGGAGAUCAGGAAAACCAUCUACAAGACUAGACCUUUUACAUUUCUGCUAGACAGGUUGCCGGGUGAUGAUGUCACUGGAUUUAGAAAGUGCAACUUUCAUUUGGCGAGUCUUGGAGAAUCUUUACAUAUGGUAGUUAAUACAUAUGAUUAUGAUGACAUUAUUCCUGUGGAAAAAACUAUACAAUUGUAAAAAAUUAUACGCUGACCAUUAAUCUGCAUGAUCUAACAUGAUCUAACACUAUAACAUGAUAGAAACCAACGAUCUCUCCUCCAGGUAAUGUGUGUAUUCAAUAAACAGCCACUGUAAGGCACUUCACGUUU